GGAGUCAGCGCCCAUGAAAAUCCAGCACUCUGGGCAGGCGGUGGCUUUGGAAUCUGCUGAGGACAGCCAGCAGCAACGAAUUGAGGACAGAGGGGAUGUGGCUCCUCUUGGCUCUGGGGUUCCUGGUGGCUGGGCUCUGCCCCCCUGUCCACUGCGCCCCGGGGGGCGUGCUUGACCCUCCAAAUGUGACCCAGGAGGACCUACACAAUGAAACUCCUGUGGACAGCCUCCGAUUAGCCUCCAGCAACACUGACUUCGCCCUCAGCCUCUAUAAGCAACUGGCUUCGAGGACCCCCAACAAGAAUGUCAUCUUCUCCCCACUAAGCGUCUCUAUCGCCUUGGCCUUCCUAUCCCUGGGGGCCCAAAACACCACCCUGACGGAGAUCCUCGAAGGCCUCAAGUUCAACCUCACAGAGACCCCUGACACCGAAAUCCACCGGGGUUUCCAGCACCUGCUGCGAACCCUCCACCAACCCAACAACGAGCUGCAGCUGAGCGUGGGCAACGCCAUGUUCAUCAGUGAGUCGCUCAAGCUGCUGGAGAAGUUCAUGGAAGAUGCCAGGGCGCUCUACGCCUCUGAGGCCUUCUCCACCAACUUCCAGGACUCUGCCUCCGCCAAGAAGCUCAUCAAUGACUACGUGAGGAAUCAGACCCAGGGGAGAAUUGUGGAUCUGGUCAAGGACCUUGACCUGAACACAGCCAUGGUCCUGGUGAAUUACAUCUUCCUUAAAGCCAAAUGGAAGACACCCUUUGACCCCCGAGACACUUUCAAGUCCAAGUUCUACGUGAGCAAGCACAGGUCGGUAAAGGUGCCCAUGAUGAACCUGGAGGACGUGUGGGCACCUUACUUCCGAGACGAGGCGCUGGGCUGCACGAUGGUGGAGCUCCCGUACACCAGUAAUGACAGUGCACUCUUCAUCCUCCCGGACCAGGGCAGCAUGGGGGCGGUGGAGGCCAGCCUGCUCCCGGAGACACUGAGGAGGUGGACAGACUCAUUGCAGAUGAGGAAGAUAGACAACCUCUACCUGCCGAAGUUUUCCAUCUCCAGCAGCUAUAAUCUGGAAGGGAUACUUCCCCAGCUGGGUGUGAGGGAAGUCUUCACCCACCAGGCCGACUUGUCAGGAGUCACAGGGGAGAAGAACCUGGCAGUUUCCCAGGUGGUCCACAAGGCCCUGCUCGAUGUCGCCGAGGAGGGCACGGAGGCUGCGGCCGCCACAGGAAGUAAAGUUAUUUUUUUGUCCAGAAAAAUUGGUCCACUGAUGACUGUGCAUUUCAAUAGACCCUUUCUGCUGUCCAUACUUCACAGAGAUACCAAGAACAUCCUCUUCUGGGGCAAAGUCACCAACCCCAACCAAGCCUAGGGCUGCCCGUCCUUCUCAGGUGCCAGGCCUCUGAUGCAGCCUGGGCCGCCAUGCACCAAAGAGCCAUAGGCCAGGCCCAUCCUUGCUCAUCCCUUAGAAGGUGACAAUGAUUCUGGUGGCUUCCAUGUGCCCUGGGAGCCUGGGGACUUUUUGAUCGGAGGCUCUGAACCUCCAGAUGGCAAUAAA